AUGGACAAUUCGGUGGAUCUUGACGAAGAAGGAGGUCAACAGCCGGUAAGUAAACGUAAAAAUAAACAAAUCUCCAAAGAAACAUCGAUAAUAUUGCAGUUGUCCGAAAAUUCGACGCCCUACCAAACGCAGGAGUGUGUGCUCUACGGUUCGAUUUAUACAAAGCACAUUCCGGUAAUUAGCAAAUAUUUAUACGUUAAAAUCGGUAAUUCAGGAUCUGGAACGUCGUCUGGCCGGUCUCUGCGAUCCGGGAUGCGAGGAGUUUUACGAGCACGAAAUGUCGUUUUCUCUUCGCUCGGCGACCAAUUCAGCCGACUUAAAAACUGAUAUCAAGUGAGUUUGCAUGUAAAAAUCGGAACAAACAUCUGAAUUUUUUGGUAGACUGCGUCGCCGCUUUAAAACGGACGUUCAAACGGCAAACUACUGGCAACUGCGGUACAUCGGAGUGCCGGAACCGGAUCAGCGGUGUCCGACGAUCGUCCGAAAAGAGAUAUCGUCGCUCGUCCACUCGACGGACAUGAUGACGUACGCGAAGGCGCUCGGCCUCCGCAUGGACUACGAGUGGAUGAGUCAGGGAAAGCUCUGGACGAAGAGCAACAUCAAAAUUGUGCACUCGAAUCUGACGCGCACCGUUCGGCCCGGCUUCUACGACUCGAGCUCCAUCAAACUGGUCAGCGAUUCGUCGCUCGUCGAGAUUAGCAUUUCACUGCCGGAAUCUGUCGAAUAUAUGCCGGUAAGCGCAGAAAUUCUUCGACUUUCUCUGGAAAAAUGGAUUUCAGGCCGCUAAAACGUUGCGUGAUUUCGCUGAUCAACUGAUGCCGCUGGUGAGCAUGGAAAAGGUGGACUACUGGAAGAAGAUGUACUCGCAGUCGUCGUCCGCCGCUUCCAGUCCGCCGGCAAAACGAUAA